AUGCACGAAGAUUCCCUGCAGAGUCCUGGAGAAGAACUCCCUGGAAAACCUGAGAGUCAUGGAAGUGAGAUCACCAAGAAGUCCUUGGAGAGCAGUCUACGGCAACUAAAAUGUCACUUCACCUGGAAUUUGUUAGCAGGAGAAAAUUCCUUGGAUGAUUUUGAAGACAGAGUGUGCAAUCAGAUUGAGUUCCAAAACAGCGAAUUCAAAGCCACGACCUAUAACAUACUGGCCUUCAUAAAACACCACAGAGGUCAAAACAAGGAGGCCUUGGAAUGCUUACAGGAAGCAGAAGAGUUAAUCCGACGAGAGCAUGCUGACCGAGCUGAAAUUAGAAGUCUGGUUACCUGGGGAAACUAUGCGUGGGUCUACUAUCACAUGGGCAGACUCUCCGAAGCUCAGACGUAUGUAGAGAAGGUGAAACAAGUCUGCAAGAAGUUUUCCAGCCCCUAUAGAAUCGAGAGUCCCAUACUAGACUGUGAGGAAGGGUGGGCACGGUUAAAGUAUGGAGGAAAAUUCAAUGAAAGGGCUAAGGUGUGUUUUGAGAAGGCCCUGGAGAAAAAACCAGACAACCCAGAAUUCAUCUCUGGACUGGCCAUUGCGAGCUACCGUCUGGAUAACUGGCCACCUUCUCAGAACCCCACUGACUCUCUGAGACAAGCCAUUAAACUGAAUCCUGACAACAACUAUGCAAAAGUCCUCCUGGCUCUGAGACUUCAAGACAUGGGGAAAGAAGAGGAAGGGGAGAGUUUAAUUGAAGACGCCUUGAGGAAAGCCACACGUGCAACAGAUGUACUUCGAGGUGCUGCGUCCUUUUAUAGAAAGAAAGGUACCAGAGAGAAAACUAUUGAAAUGCUUGGGAAGGCGUUAGAGUGCAUGCCUAACAAUGCCUACCUGCAUUACUACCUUGGGUGCUGCUACCGGGCAGAAGUCAUCAAGCUGCAGAGCGAAAAGUAUGGGGACAAAGAGAGCUUAUUGAGACUCAUAGAACAAGCUGUGGAUCAUUUAAAGAAGGCAGAGGAGCACAAUGGCAAUCUACCCAAUAUCUACUCCUAUCUUGCCACCCUCUGUGCUCAUGCAGAUCAGUAUGAGGAAGCGGAUUAUUACUUUCAGAAAGAAUUCCUCAAAGAGCUUAGUCCAGGAGCCAAGCAGUUGCUCCAUUUGCGAUAUGGAAACUUCCAGCUGUUUCAAAUGCGGUGUGAAGAAAAGGCCAUCCAUCAUUUUCUAGAGGGCAUGAAAAUCAAGCUGAGGUCAAAGGGGAAAGACAAGAUGAAAGCCAAAGUGCAGAGACUUGCUGAAAAGAGGCUUUUCCAAAAUGAAGCUGACUCUGAGGCUUUGUAUCUCUUGAAGGUCGUGGCUGAGCUGGAUGGAGACUCUGAGAGGGAUAUGGACUCUUCCAACCUCCUUCCCUCAUCUUCCAUAGCAGAAGCAGGAAACGGGGAAGAGGGUGAUGGUUACCAUAGAGCUGCUGCUGGAGGGACACCCUUUGACUAG